AUGUAUUUGAAGACAUUUAUUCAAUUCCUGGUACUAUGCUGCUUGCAGUUACAUGUUAAUGGCUUCUAUUUUUACACUAACGGUGGUGAAAGGAAGUGUUUCCACAAGGAAUUAUCAAAGGACACAAUAUUGAAGACCUACUAUCAAGUCCAGGCAUAUGAUAUGGAUACGCACAGGUAUAAAAAGGCUAAUAAUGAAUUGUCAUUAAUAAUCGAUGUUGAAGAAGUGUUUGAUGAUAACCACCGUGUCGCACAUGAGACUGCGCCUUCAACUGGAACUUAUACUUUUAAUGCAGUUGAUUCUGGUGAACAUAAGAUCUGCUUCCAGCCCCACUUCCAAGGGUGGUUGGCUAGAACAAAGACAAAGGUGGAAGUGAAUUUUGAAGUUAGGUCUGGAUCGUAUUUAGAUACUAAGAAGGAAGGUACAAUUCAAUACUUGCAUCAAUUGGUCCUAAGUUUAAACGACAAAGCAGCUGAAAUCAAGAGAGAACAGGACUUAGUGAGAGAGCGUGAAUCCAAAUUCAGAGACACUUCCGAACGUGCAAAUUCAUGUGCUGCGUGGUGGGCUAUUAUAACCUUAAUUGUGCUUGGAACUACCUGCUUCUGGCAAGUAAAUCAUCUACGUACUUUCUUUGUUAAGCAAAAGGUCUUGUAA